AUGCUAGGUGACUUUCCUCGUCGCCUUGCGGUAUUCCUCGACCGACCAGGUUUUCCGUGGAAGAGGCUGAUAUUGGGAUUUUCGCUGGGCCAAUAUGUUCUGGAGGGCCUCCUGUCUCUAAGACAAUAUAAAGUUCUACAAAGGAAGAAGCCGCCGAAGACCUUGGAGGGUGAGAUAUCGCAGGAUGUGUUUGAUCAGAGUCAGGCGUAUGGUCGUGCCAAAGCAAGAUUCGGUUUUGUUUCUGGGCUUUACUCACAGAUUCAAAACGUCCUAUUCAUCCAGUACGACGUCUUACCAAAGCUCUGGUCGAUAACAGGUGUCUGGCUGGCCCGUUACCUGCCUCAGCGAUUUUCCGGCCAAAUUGCCCACUCAGUACUCUUCUUCUUGACGUUUAGCUUCAUCUCGCAAAUUCUGGCGCUACCGACCUCCUACUAUGGGACCUUUGUGUUGGAAGAGAAGUUUGGAUUCAAUAAGCAGACGGUCAAACUGUGGAUUACGGAUAUGUUGAAAGGCCAGGCCCUGAUGGUGGUAUUGGGGACGCCAUUACUCAGCGCUUUUUUGAAGAUCAUUCAAGUCACCGGCACGAGAUUCUUCUAUUAUCUGUGGUUGUUCGGAAUCGUCGUCCAGCUGUUUGCCAUCACGAUCUAUCCCAUCUUCAUCCUUCCGUUAUUUAACAAAUUGUCACCUUUGGAACCUGGAGACCUCAAGUCAGGAGUCGAAGCGCUCGCUUCCAGACUCAAAUUUCCUCUCAAAUCGCUCUACGUCAUCGAUGGAAGCAAAAGAAGUGCGCAUAGUAAUGCGUACUUUUUUGGCCUCCCCUGGAAGAAACAUAUCGUGAUUUACGACACAUUAAUCGAAAAGAGUGAGCCUCAAGAGGUUGUCGCAGUUCUGGGUCACGAGCUUGGACAUUGGAGUCUUUCGCAUACCACCAAACUAUUUGCUAUCGCCCAGUUUCAUAUGUUCUACAUCUUUGCCCUCUUCAGCAUCUUCAUCGACAACAACUCCCUCUACUCGUCUUUCGGUUUCCACGACUCCCAUCCAAUCAUUAUCGGCUUCAUUCUCUUCUCUGAUGCUCUCGCCCCAAUGGAUGCAGUAGUGAAACUGCUGAUGAAUGUCCUCUCUCGCAAAUUUGAAUUUGAGGCUGAUACCUUUGCAAGGAAUCUGGGAUACCAAAAGGAAUUGGCCAGGAGCCUGAUCAAGCUGCAGGUGCAGAAUCUGAGUACCAUGGAUGCUGAUUGGAUGUACGCCAGUUAUCACUAUAGCCAUCCUAUUUUGGCGGAAAGACUGGCGGCCUUGGGAUGGAAGAGCUCAAAAUCGGCACCCAAUGGAAACAUCGUUGAAUUGGAUGAACAAGUCGUCGAUGCGGACGUUGUGAAGGCGAAAGAUCGAGAGUUGUGA